GGACGAUGGAUAAAGUCCAAAAUCCCAACAUAUCAGUGUGUUAUACACCAUCGUCAGAAUCCUAUAGUAACUACAGCCGAAGGUGUUAAACCAGAUGACAGAAAGAUUGAGGCAGUAGUAAAAUUUCCAAUACCACAAUCACGAAAAGAUGUGAAAUCAUUUUUAGGUCUUGCAGGCUAUUAUCAUAAGUUUAUAGCUGAUUUAAGCGCAAUCGCCAGACCUUUAACAAACUUAUUAAAGAAAGAAAAUGAAUGGAACUGGACAGAAAAGGAACAAACAAGUUUCGAUUUAUUGAAAUUUAAAUUGACCAGUACUCCUUUAUUACAAUACCCCGAUUUCAGUAAGCCUUUCGUUCUAACGACAGAUGCUAGUGGAUAUGCAAUAGGCGCUAUUCUUAGUCAAGGCAAAUUAGGACAAUACAAACCAAUAGCGUACGCUAGAAGAACAUUAAACAAAGCAGAGCUAAAUUAUGCAACGGUAGAAAAAGAACUUCUAGCUAUAGUAUGGGCAUGCAAACAUUUUAGACCAUAUUUGUUAGGACGCAAAUUCCAGAUAGUAACAGACCAUAAGCGUUUGACAUGGAUAUUUAACGUAAAAGACACAAGUUCAAGACUGAUGAGGUGGAAAUUAUUGUUAGAAGAAUACGAUUAUGAGAUCCAACACAGAGCAGGGCAUAGGAACUGCAAUGCAGAUAGCCUAAGUCCCUAUCCAAUUCAGUGUUUUAAUGUGAAUAUAGAAGAGAUAACCAAUGAAAGAAAGCAGAAAAUUAUUGCAGAAAAGCACAUCUGUCCCGUAGAUGGUCACCAAGAUAUCCAAAGAACUACUGAACGUAUAAGGUUAUACAUUUCAUGGCCUGGGUUGGAACAAGACGUGAUACAGUACAUACGAGAAUGCAAGACGUGUCAGUUAAAUAAAGAAACACGUCCUAAUAUUAAAUUAUCUUUGACAGUUACAGACACAAGGAACAUCCCAUCGGAUAAGGUGUACUUAGAUAUAGUAGGACCUUUACCUACAACGGAAACUGGCAUGAAAUACAUUGUGACAUGUCAAGAUAAUCUUAGCAAAUAUUUUAUGGCUAUACCUUUGCAAAAUCAAACAGCAGAUGAAGUCACUAAUGCUUUUGUUAAGAAUAUUAUAUUAAAUUAUGGAAUCCCACAGAAAUUGUGACAGAUCAGGGAUCUAAUUUUAUGAGUGAUGUUUUUAAACGAAUUUGUAAGUUAUUCCAAAUUGAGAAAGUAUGCACAACAGCAUAUCACCCAGAGAGCAACGGAGCCUUAGAAAGAACACACAAAACUCUUACCAAUUAUUUACGUUGCUUCUGUGGUAAGAAACUAAAUGACUGGGACGAAUGGUUACCUUUUGCUUGUUUCACGUACAACACGACACCUCAUUCAAUUACGAAGUACACUCCUUACGAAGUAUUGUUUGGGAGAGUUGCAAACAUCCCAGGAAAACUACAACGACAACCUCAACAUAUUUACAAUUUUGAUGAUAUAGUGUUAGAGAUUCAACAAAAAUGCAGACUUGUCAGCAAUUAGCAAAAGAGAGAUUAAUAAAAUUUAAAGAGUCACAAGGACAGAAAGUGAAGUCCAAUAGUUAUGAGUUUAUGGAAAAUGAUUUAGCCUUGUUGAGAAUAGAGAAUAGACAAAAGUUGGACCCGUUGUGGAAGGGGCCGUAUGAAAUAAAGAAAAUUCAAGGUUCUAAUGCUGUUAUUCAAGAACUAGGUAAAAGGAGGCAUCAAGAAAUUCAUAUUAACAGGUUGAAACCUUACUUUUUCAUUCAAUUUCAGAGAAUGCAGACACUUAAGUGGACGCUAAUAAUCACAUUAAUUAUAUGGUGGAAACUACUACAAGCUCAAAACAUCGAGGAAGUGCAGUCAGAGACAGGAAUAUAUUUUGAUGAAGUAGGGACUUUACUAUUUUAUCCCAUGAAAUGGAAAGUAGUUACUUAUAUAAAUUUAGAACCUACCCGUGAAUUAUGGAAACAAACAAAAAUUCAUCAAAAGAAAGUUACGGACUUCUGCCAGAAAAUCAAAGACAAAAAAUGGUAUCAUUAUACUGAUUGCGCAGCUUUCGGGCAAUAUAUGAGGUCAAAAGGCAGAUACAUAGACAACUUAAAAGAUUUGGUAGCGGAAUAUUGGGUAGACAACACUCAGAAAUCAAAGAGACCAAAAGGAGGCGUCUUAAAUUUCGAGGGUGAAGUUUCAAAAAUCCUAUUCGGAACGUUAACGCAAUCAGAUGCGAAAAACUACAAUAAGCACAUAAAUGAAUUAGAGAAAGAACAGAAAGAAUUUUUGCACUUGUCGAAUGAACAAAUGACAAUUAUAAAAACCACCAUCACCUCAGUAAAUUCAACAUUGCAAAAGGUAAAUCAGAACGAAAAGGUUUUGAAGGAAGGUUUAGACAAACUACUUAACUUCAGUACACAUAAGACAAAUGAGUUAGAAGAAGAAAUUGAAAACGUAAAUUUGAUCAAUGAGCAAUUCCGUUUGAUACAGAGAGGUGUUGAUGAAAGUCAACACUCAUUCGAGAUAUUAAUUGAUGCCUUUGUCCACGCAGAACAAGGUUCUAUGCAGCCACAGUUAAUAACCGCAGAAAAGAUAAAAAAAUUUUGGGAAGCCAAAAACUGCUAAGCGGACUGGACUACCCUAACUUCCCUUUCCCAGAAUUACAGAAGAUAAUAACUCCUAAAACCUAUUCAUAUAAACAAUAUUUGGUUUAUGUAUUGGAAAUUCCUUUAUUUUCACCAACCAUAUAUCAAUUGUAUAAGUUACUACCCUUUCCUGUCAUGGUGAAACAACAAGAAUCUACCUAUAGUUACAUAAAUUUUAAUAAAGAGUAUAUGUUCAGUGAUGCCUUGAGGCAACAUUUUGGAAAAAUGACAACUAAUGAGUUAUCAGGUUGUUUUCAACCAAAUGAAAUCACUUAUAUAUGUAGGGAAGAGAUUCCUACUUACACGUACAUCCCAGAGGUGGACUGUGAAGCAACAUUGCUACAUCCAUCAACAAUGAGGAUCCCAGACAGUUGUGAGUACAGAUUUUUCAAACUUAGCAAAACUCUGUGGAUACAUCUACAUUUAAGCAACCAAUGGCUGUUCGUGAAUCCAAAUGUGGAAACCUUUACCAUUUUAUGUCCUCAUGAAACAACGACGGUAAAAAUACAAAACAAAGGUAAAUUAACUUUGAAACCUGAGUGUAAAGAAUACUCAUCUUAUGUAACUUUAUAUGCAAUGUCAACCAUGGUAACAAACUUAACAAAUGAUUAUGUACCUUAUGUUCCUGUAAAUUUUAAUUGUUGCUUCGAAGAUUUGAAAGAUGUAAAAUUUGAAGACUUACCUUUGCAUACACCAUUAGUAAAUAUUAUGUCUUCAAUAGACGACUUGAGAGUCGCAAGUAAACAAACAGAGGAGGUACAACAAAUGAUAAAAGACCAAGAAAUUAAGCAGAACCAAAGGUUUUACACAGUUGCAACAUCCUGGGGGGCAACAAUGACAAUAAUUGGUAUAA